GAAAGGCGGGAGCAGCCAGGCGCAGCAGCCUGCCUGCCAGCAGACAAGCGGAAACGCCUCCGGUUUUCAAAACAAAGAGGAGAAGCGGGAGGCGUGUGCGGCGCGCAGGGUUGAGACCUCCUUGGGUUGGUCCCUCAGGCUCGGGCGCUUCAGCAUCGCUAGGUGACAAUGGAGGGCAGCAUGGGGGGCGGCCGGCGCUCGGGGUCCGACGGCCUCCAGGUGCCUGCGAAGAUCACGCCAGCCAUGGAGGAGUUGCAGAGCCGCUUGCAGGAGACUCUGGACGUGCUGUCCCCGCAAGAGCUGCGCAGCUUCCGCGUCAUCCUCAAGACAGUGGACGAGGAGCCGCGCGUGAGCCCGCUGCAGCUGGAGCUGGAGGGCGGCAGCGCGUCGGGGCUGGCUCGCCUCCUCGCCAAGCACUACUACCUGAGGGCCGCGCCGCGCGUCCUCGCCAAGGUGCUGGAGCAGCUACGCCGCGCCGACCUGCUGGCCAGCUGGCAGAACGCCGCCGCUGCGGCCGCUGAGGACGACGGCCCGGUGAUUCCAAGCAAGAUUCUAAAGAGAAGCUAUGACUGUGUGGAAGGUGAAAUGGACCGUUAUGACCUGAGUGGCAGACGGAAGGCUUUCCUCAUGUGUGUGAAGAGGAACAGGCCCGGGGCUCACCGGGACAUCGUGCUGAUGAAGGAAUGGCUUGGUCAGUGCCAGUUCGAACAUACAUCCUGCAUCGAUCCUGACAAAAUGGAGUUACUUGGAAAAAUAACAUCAUUUCGUGAUGGACUGAAUGAAAUUAAAGACGAAAUUGGCUGUUGUCUUGUUACUCUCAUGUCCCAUGGAGAAAAAGGCUUUAUUAAAAUGAAAGAUGAUGAAAGAGUCAGCCUGGAAGACAUUUUUGAAAUGUUUAACAAUAAAAAUUGUCCAGCACUUCAAGAGAAACCGAAAAUCUUUAUAAUCCAGGCCUGCAGAGGAGAGAGAAGAGAUAAUGGUGUCGAAACGGAUGAUGAACCCAUGGACUUUGAUGACAUAUCAGAGAAGAGGAGGCUGCCUACAUUCAGUGAUUAUUUCAUCAUCUAUCCCACCCAGGCAGACCAUGUCGCUUUACGGCACCCCCGCACUGGCUCUGUGAUGAUCGAAGCAAUGACUGAAGUCUUUAAACAGCAUGGAAAUAAGUGGCACAUUGCUGACUUUUUCACCAAAGUGAAUAACAGAGUGGUGCACACUGAAUUUCAUCUACGUGAGGAACCAAUAAAAGUAUCACUUGUAAUGGAAUCAACUUUAACUAAAUCUGUGUACUUUUGACAUCAGGAAGAUUUAAACAAUGACUGCUUAAUAAUAGACUUUGUAAAGAGCUGUGAGUGUUUGUAGUAUAGUAGUAAUGGUUAUCAUUUUGCAUUAUUUCUGUGACUAGUUGUAUUUCUCCAUUUUGUUUUAUAUAUAUGUUACUUUUGUAAGAUUUAACUAUGCUUGUUUGAUACUUGUAAAUAAUUUGACUUUUUUUUUUAAAGGAUCACUGUUUUCUGAAAAAUUUUUUUCCUGAACUGUUAUCCAAACAUGGAAAUCCAGGUCUAUUUAUGUACUGUUUAUAUCAUGUGCUUCUCUUGCUGAUUACACCCACCCUCCCUCCUCUCAAUUUGGUGCUGGUGGUAAGCCUCAUUGUCUUGGCUUAGUGGUCAAGAACUGCUUUAUGUGGUCUUGUUCUCUGCUUCACUUUAUUUCUCCCAUAUUGUUUUCUGCAGCCAGACUGAUCUCCUUUUUGACUCCGUAAACCAUUCUCAAGUCUUACCUGGGUGUCUUUGCCUGCACUUUGUGCCCUUGAUGCCUCUCAUGCACUCCCCAGUUUCCUCCCUGCUGCCUCAUACAUUUGAACUGCUGUUUUCUCUGCCUGGAACACUCUGUUCCACCCCAUGUAGGUGAGUCCUUUCCAUCCUUCAGAGUUUGGUUCAAACAUCAUUUGCAC